AUGGAACGCCGCAUUACUCGCUCUGCAGCUGCAGCUGUAUUGAUUGCAGGAGAAAACAGCCCUUAUAUCACUCAAACACCAAGCUCUACUAAAGUGAACAAACGAAAGCGUCUCAAUCCCACUGGCACUUCCAAUGCCCCCAAUACCCUGGAUACACCCAAAAUUAACACAAUCAUGGAGUUGAAAUCUCCCAAUGAUCCCAAUAUGGUGAUCAAGCAAGAGAAGCCAGUGUUGCGCCCAGCCUUGUUUGAUGAACUCCCUCACAACCUAGGAUCUGUUCCCGCCCCAUUGUCUGUAGCAACAGAGCCCUCAGCCCCAAUUGCUGGAUCUGACAAGGAAAACCAAACUUUAAAGGGCAAACCGGUUGACAAUCUGGCUACUGAGCUCCAAGACACUGUGAACAAGACUACAACUCAGUUGAAGAAAGAACCUAAGAUUCCAACUACUACAACCGGCCGCAAGCCAAAGAAGAAUACUUAUGGCCUAACGCCCGGUAUUUCUCCUUUUCCCGAACUGGUUCGACCGACCGCAGAGGAGUGUGAAGAUGUCAAUCGGCUGUUGUCCAGCAUUCAUGGUGUAGUCACUGCUCCGGCAACCAUCCCUGAGCCCUCCCUGACGGUCACCGGGUGUGGUGAGGUCCCAUCUGUUCUGGAUGCUUUAAUUCGUACUCUUCUCAGCGGUGCCACCACGGGCAACAAUGCCGCCAAGGCCUUCGGUGGGCUUGUGCAACGAUUUGGCAUUCUUUCAGAAGGCAUCGGCAAGGGAAGCGUGAAUUGGGAUGCCGUACGACAGGCUUCUCUGAAAGAUGUGUUUGAAGCGAUCAAAAGUGGCGGCUUGGCCGACAUCAAAAGCAAGAACCUCAAGGCGAUUCUUGACAUAGUCCACGAGGACAACCAGGCGCGCCGGGCUGCAUUGUUAGAUUCUGAGUCCAAGAACGACUCAAUUUCUAAGCUGGUACCCGAAAAGGCUGAAAAGGACAAGCAAUAUGAGAUCGCGUGUGCAGAUCAGAACUUCCUCUCCCUCAACCACCUCCACAAUCUCACCACUGAAGAAGCCAUGACCGAUCUGAUCAAGUACCCCGGAAUCGGACCCAAGACAGCCGCCUGCGUGAUCCUGUUCUGCCUCCAGCGGCCCUGUUUCGCCGUCGACACGCACGUCUUCCGGCUCUGCCGCUGGCUCGGAUGGAUUCCUGCCCGUGCAAACGAAGUAAGCGCCUUCAGCCACCUGGAAGUGCGCAUCCCCGACCAUUUGAAGUAUUCGCUCCACCAGCUGUUCAUUCGGCACGGAAAGACCUGCCCUCGGUGCCGAGCUGCGACCGGCGAGUCCAGUGCUGGUUGGGAGGAUGGCUGUGUCAUUGAUCACCUGUUAACCCGUGAUGGGAAACGCAAGGGCAAUGGUCCGACUGUGGUUUCUAAGAAAGCAGCUGCCAAGACUGCGGCUAGGAAGCGCAAGAGAAUGAACAAGGACUCCGAGGAGGAGACCGAGGAAAGCGAGAGUUCCUUUUCCGACGAAACAAGUGACGAGUGA